AUGGUAGUGUUCUUGCUAGCGGUUCUAGUAGCGGCCCAGGAGCAAAUUACAUAUGCAGUCAUCAGCGUCGCUUCCAACCAAGAUUUGGCCGUUCGUAUUAACGGCACAGUAUACCCUCUUACCCCUUCUGCUGAAUCUUAUAUACUUCACAAAGGCGAAGCACCUGCUGCUUCUUCUUACCAGUACGUCAAAUUGAAAAAAGGGACCACAGAGGUCGUAGAAGGGGAAAAUUUUGAACGCCAGGUUGAUCGACCGAUACGGGGCACGACUCCUAACGAGUUUUUCGGUCGUAAUUGGAAUCACCGUCACGUUGAGACGUUCCCUUCGCUUGGUUGGCCUACCCGAUAUAAUCGAGGCCCAUCCGACUUGCAUCCUGAAGGUGAAAUUCCUACUAUUCAUGUCACGGGUCCACAAUCCGCAAUCGAUAAUCUGCACUCACGCUAUAUGCAAGAUAUUGAUGUUCAAGUGAACUUCACUUAUAUAAGUUCGAACAAAAUACGCCAGUUCUCAGAUGUCAAGAUGAAAUUGGGAGGCCGUUCAUCUCGUCAGUAUACCAAACUUGCAUACAAUCUGAAUCUUCCCAAAGGCCAGGACUUUGAAGGCUUCCGCAAGCUCAAAAUUCGUACAACUGGCAAUGACCCCAGCUAUAUGCGGGAGAAGCUAGCAUAUGAUAUGGUAUAUGCUGCUGGCGUGCCUGCAUCACAAGCAUCCUACAUAAGAUUGUUUAUCAAUGAUCGGGCCAUUGGUCUAUUUGUACUGGCUGAAAAAUACGAUUCCACUUUUCUUCGCACCGAGUUUAACGGAGGCAACAGACCGUACGAUCAUGGCGUGCUUUAUAGAGGAGAGGGGACGCGCCAUGGUCGAUCUUCGGAUCUCAGUUAUUUUGGAGAGGAUUUGAACCUGUACAACGACAGCGGCUAUUCUCUCGAGGAAGACGCUGAAUUGGGUCCCAAAGGUUUUGUCCAGUUGCGCGAUUUCACCAAAUUUAUCGACGAUCAGCUGCAGCUGCAGAAGCAACCUGACCAGGAUCUCAACGCUACAGUGGACAUUUGGGAAAAACGCUUGGAUGUCGAGACCUUUAUCAUCAAUAUGGCCUUGGAAUUUCUCAAUGGUUUUUGGGACGGAUACCUCCAGAACAAGAACAAUUACUACCUCUAUCAGGAUCCUCAGCAAAGUCGAUUUAUUUGGAUGGACUGGGAUUUGGAUUUUUCCAUGGGCAGUGGUCCGGUCAAUAUGGGCAUGAUUCGUGAAGGCGACUAUAAAAAAUUUGCUGGCGUCGAUUCCAAGCCUCUCAUGGUUGCCGUGCUGAACAUUCCACAUUACCGUCAGCUAUUUGAACAGCGUUUACGCACCAUCUUGAACGAACUGUACGACAAGAGCGAUCCUGUUAUUGAUUCUCUGGCCGAGUUCCUGAGGGAAGACAUUGCAUGGGACCAAUCAUUACCACGUGUCCGUCCUGGUCUCAGUUUUCUUCCUGGUGGUAAAGAUAUCCUUGCAAACCUCUUCCAUGGAAAUGCCAGCGAUGGCGAAGCCGCUUCCCUGCCGCUGGCGUUUGAUUUGCUGACGGCCAUCGACUUUAUUGCUCGUGUCAACAAGAAGAUCCCUUUCGAUAACGCGAUCAAUGGACCUACUGGUUUUAGAUCGCUGUAUGGUGUCAAAGAAUGGAUUCGUGUAAAAUCCGCCGCUGUCAAGGCAAGCCUGCAAUAA